AUGGAAGCAGCUUACUGGAAGUGCCCUAAAACUUUUGCACCAAAUGACGCAAUUUUCAUCCUCACCAUCUUCGUGAGUUGCGUGAGUCUGCUAGCAAACCUUACUGUCUUCAUACUGCUCUGUAUCCUAACAGACAAAAGCCGGACCUUUCUAGUACAUCUGCGGACUCUCACGGCUUCUACAGCACUAUGCAGUCUUAUGGGUUUCUUCAGACACGUAAUACCUCGGCGAGGCGCACCGAACAGCCCUAUCUUGGGUACUAUUGUGUGCCAUGUUUGGUCAAGCCGCUAUCUAUUCGACGUCACUUACGUCUUCAGCGGUCUCAACCUCAACUUCAUUGUGGGAAACAGGGCACUUCAGAUAUCCGGCAAGUACCAGGACUCCUUUGCGCCUUCUCUCUUCUCCGACCUCACUUAUGUGAUAAUUAUUGGGAUAAGUAGUAUUUUCUGCGUAUUCAGCCAAGUUUUUGUUGUGCAGUGGAAUGGUAGUUAUUGUGCCUGCAAUGAUACAGACCUUAAAUAUGGGGCUGUUGUGGCGGCUUACGUGGGAAACUUUGUCCGUUUCGGUCUGGUGGCAGUCAUCAGCCCUGCCAUCUUGUGCGCCUCAUGCUAUAAGAUUGUCCAAUGGGUGCGUAACACACCAGCGGAGAAGCUUUCGGACGACUGGAAUGGCCCGAUUUUUCCCGGAACAACAGAUGAACAGGCGGUGGAAUUGCAUCGACCGCGGCGCUGGAUGACAGCAUCGAUGUGCGCUGUACCAAUGUCGGUAAAAUUCGUGGUAUUUAGUCUGUACAACGCGAUCUACUCAUUCACAGCCGCCUUGGGACUGCAUACUUUGGUGCUGGACGGUGUCUAUUAUAGAAUAGGUUCAGUGUUAAUUUAUACUGAGUUACUCCUCUCACCCAUCAUCAUCGCUAUUUACAUUCCUUCCCUGCGAGCGCUGUUGUUGCGGGUCUGCAAGUGGCCAUUCAACAAGCUAUUGAACAAAGCGCCAGCCAUAGCUGGAAAUGAAUCGGGAGAUUUGCAGAUUCCUUAA